GACCAUCGUCCGUUGGGUUCGAGUCUCAGAACGCUAAAGUACCGCGCUCAACCCCUGCAAGAUGUCUAUAACUCCGUCCAAGUAUCCUCAUCAAUCAUCAUCUAUCCCAAUCCGACUUGAAGUUCGCUCUCAACUUCAUGCCACGACAAUAGACAGAUUUCGUACCUUUCUAAGCCUUUCUUCGUCAUGGAGAUCGAGCCAGUAGCCUCCUUUUCUUUGACACACGUCCACUAUAAUCCUAAUGACCGCUUUUCCUACCUCUGCGCCUGGCUCGCUCUUGUCCCGCAAGGACUCUGCGUCGUAUACGCCACCCUAAUAUGGAGCGCGCGGGAAGCUGAGAUCAUACUCAUGUUUACCGGGCAGUUGGCGUGUGAGGCGUUCAACUGGUGUUUGAAGCGCUAUAUCAAGGAAGAGCGGCCAAAGCAAAUGUUUGGCAAAGGCUAUGGCAUGCCUUCCUCACACGCCCAAUUCGUCGGUUUCUUCGCCAUCUACCUCGCGCUUUUCCUCCUCGUCCGACACGACCCGCGUCCCGAAACUUCUCACGUUCCCACCACUUUCCUCCAACGGCUCCUGCUUUCGAUCGUCGCAUUCCUCUGCGCUGUAGCUGUGGCGGUCAGCCGGAUCUACCUGAGCUACCACACGCCGAAGCAGGUGCUCGUCGGGUUCGUCGCGGGCUCCGUUUGCGCCGUCGCAUGGUUUCAAGUAACAUCGAUAUUACGAGCACGAGGAUGGGUCGACUGGGGGUUGCAGCAGCCGAUAGCCAGGCUGGCAAGGCUUCGAGACCUCGUUCUCACCGAGGACUUACAAGAUGCAGGAUGGGGCCGGUGGGAGGCCAGAAAUCGGAAGCCUAUGCAAAAGUCCGCAAAGGGAAAAAAGCAGUGAUGUUCCAACUUAUAGGUGUCGACCUUUUAACUCGUUGGUUCUUCAUGAUGCCAUAACGCUAUUGAGCCGAGAGCGGGAGUUUGUGAGUAUCCUUUCAUGUCCAAUGAGGGCCGUAUUAUUCACGGGCACCAUUCCAACCCUAGUCCCUCCUAAUAUGUGUGAUUCUUCCACCUCAUUCUUCGUAAUAUUAGUCCCCCCGGCGCCCCUCGCGUAGUCGAAGCUCCGUUUUUGAUGCCCCUUAUCAUUUGCCUCCGGUCGUUAACUACUAUCCCUCUUCAUGCUUGUUUCAUACCGCACUCAAUAAUCCUCCACAGCC